AUCUCGAUCAGGGGUUUUGGUAUACGGCAUGUGUAUGUUGUUCUAGUGGCGUGCAGAAAGAAAUAACGAGUUGCACAAAACUUUUUUUGUGUUGAAUACAGUGAAUUGAAGUGUGGUAUAGUUAAGCUUUGACAACUGUCUCGCUAUGGCUUCAAAGGGUGGACCAAUUGCUCUUGGCACGGAUGGAGCUGAUUUUGUGCAUCGACAGCGUGUAGCAGCACAGUAUCAGAUUAGUGCUCUAAAUAAAUCACGGCUUAAAUACUGCAUAUUUUUUCACUACUUAUUAUUCUUUGCGAUGCUUGCAAAACUGUCUGCAGAUAUUCUGGAUCGCUUGGAUAUAUUCAUUUUAGAAAUAGAAGAACUUCAGAUCCCAGAGCCGCUCUGGUGGGAGUAUAUCUGGUGCAUUAGUCUCCUCCUGUCAUUUCUUGGAUUGGCAGCUGUACGCAAGAACCGGAUAAAAACCAUGAAACAAUAUAUGAUGGGAAUAAUUCUAUUUGGAUUUGGCCCACUUAUGUAUGCAGCAGUGUUCUAUUUCACUGAGGUGUUGGAAUACCUCAGUGAUGGUGAAACUGAGGAAAUUCAGAUGUGGCAAGGAUACCCCUAUGCACUACUGUGGUAUGGAUUCAUCUUACUAGCUGUCCAAGUCCAUUUCUUUUCCUUGUACUUUGCAUGGAAUCUUGUAACUGCUUGGAAAGCCAGAGGUACAAAAAAAGUUGACUGAAUGUGCAUUUUUUAAUGAUUUCAUGUAUUCAGUUUUGUUAAUGAUGCCCCUCUGACAAUUCAUUGGUUUUUUCUUUUUUAAAAAACAUUUUGUUCACUAUACCAGUAUUUUAAUUCACAAGUUGCAGAUGGAUGCACACAAUAAUGUAACAUGCAGAACAGGCUUGUAUUUAAUGUCAGUGUGUUAAUACUGCAUAAACAAACUGAUUAUUUCAUGAACCUAUUUAUUUUCCCAACAAACAAUUUAUUUUCAAAAUAUUGUUCCAUUCAUUCAUUACAUUAGCUUUAAUUAAUUAUUCUGAAAUUGUAUUGCUGUCACCAUUGAAGAGGAAGAAGAAGAAGAAGAAGAAGAAGAAGAAGAAGAAGAUGACUGGGGGAAAAUGGGUGCAGCAUUUAUUAGCUACCUCAGGUUCCUUAAAGCUGAAUACCAUGGGAGCAUUUGCUUUAUUUUGAAGUGGGAGAAAAUUAUAAACAUUUAUUACAACUCGGGCAAUCUUUCAUGCUCCCUUUCACUUUAACCAUCUUGUCAUGAUGAGUUCCUACUUUGUUUACUAUUUAAUGAAGCUGAAUAUUUGAUCCAGCCUCCAACAAAAGUUUCAAAAGCUUACAUGUUGUAUGAGAGUGAUCAUGUUCUGAAACAAAACAAAUAUGUUUAUGUUGCAGCCUUUCCUGUCCAUCCUAGUUAGCCAUGUGCAUAACCACAACACAAAUUCUUAGUGACCUGCAAUACCUUGGUGAUAUGUGCUGCAAACUGGUAGCAAAAUGUGUAGUGUUGUGUGGACAACAUAAUUAAUGCCUGUAACCCUAUUGCUAUGUUUUUUCCCCCAGAUGGUUGUCCUAAAUUUGUGGAGUCUAAUGUAACUGAAUAAUUGUCUUAUGUAUUGGUGACAUAUUUGUAUAAUUUUGCUAGUAUAAACAAUCAUUGUCACCUUUUUUAUUGAUAUUUAAUAAUGAAACUGCUGUAUGUGAAGAAGAUGCAGUUCUACAUUACACUUUUAUAUUCAUUUUUUUCAGAAGUAGUACAUGACAUCUCUUUGUGUUCCUAGAAUAUUUCACAGGACUUCCAAAAACUGAUGGUAUUAGAAUGGAGCUUUGCUGGUAAAGCAAAACAUGUUGCAGAGCCUAAUUCCAUUUAAUUAAUGGAGAUUUUAGGGAUGUACUGAUUACUUAAGUCUCAUGCAACAUGUUCUGAAAUACAGAUUUUGGUAAUAAACUAUGCAUCCUGGCCAGCUUCCUUUGUAUGCAGGCAUAUAUGGACUGUGAGAACAUGCUCAUUGGGUAGUAUCACAUUUUAUUUUGUUUAGUCCCAUUCUUACAUUCUUAUUUAUUUCAUUGCCAUAACAUUUAUCUGUGUAUAAUAAUUUUUCUGAUAAUAGUUUUUCUGUGGCCUAAAUCAUUCAUUGCUUAUAUUGCCCAGGCAUAAUUGUACUGUAUUUGUACAUUCGUUCUGUACAUACUUUGUCAGAACUGUUACUCCAAUCACAGCAAACUAGUUUUGGGUAGUUCACUAUUCCCAUCCUCAACCCUGUUGUCUCACUGUGCUUACUUUUUUUGUUUGUUUUACCAUUAACUCAUUAGCUUUUUAAAAAGAAAAAAAAUGCUUGACAUUUUUUCAGUUAUAUUUAACUAAUGGCACUUAAGAAAGACAGAAAUGAAGCAUGAAAUAUGUGUAAAAACAGUACACAAAUUGCAGCCUGUCUAUGUGGCCAGUGGGGAAAUUCAUAACUGACUACUGAGUCUCAGUCUUUUGAAGGCAUAUGUUUCUUAAUGCUGGACACUAAGAGUGGCCAAGAUUCUAAAAACAAUUUACUUUACAUUCAUUACGCCACCAGUGUGUCAUUUAUGCUGAUGAAAUGUCAGUAAUAUUAACAACCUUUGUGAAGGAAUGUUAAGUUCAUACUCGUGGACAGUAUAGCAUUAAUCGAUUGCAAAAUCCUCAGAAAUUGUCCACAGUCAUAUGCCUGUGACUACUUUAUUCAUGCUUAACGUUACUCAUCGAGUCCUAUGAAUUUAAACUCCACUCUUGUUUCUUCACUCCUUUUUAUCAGUGUAAAUCUAGGUUCCAUCUUUAUUUGGUUAAGCUGUAUGACUAAUUAGCAUUUGUUACAGAGUUCCUUAAAUGUUAAAAUCCAGUGCAACAAAUAAAUAAAGUUGUGUUACUGGUAACACAAGCCCCAUCUUUAGGGUAACUAUUGAAAGUUGUCCAUAUAUUUACUGGGUUCUAAUGAAGUAGCAAAAAUGAUGAUAUUUUUUAUUUUAAUAUGUACUUUAAAAGUUAAUGUUUUGAGGCACUAGUUAAGAGUGUGUGUGUGUGUGUGUGUGUGUGUGUGUGUGUGUGUGUGUGUGUGUGUGUGUGUGUGUGUGUGUGUGUGUGUGUGUGUGUGUCAAAUUUGUUCCUUGUUGCAACAAUAAUUUUAUAAUGUGGUAUUGAAAAUAUACAUCAUAGAUGUCUUUGCAUCUAUUCCUCCAUUCUGAAAGUUUUGUUGUAAUAAUUUUGACUGAUAGUAUUUCAAAACUGUUCCAUUAAAGCUUGUUUGGAGGGUCUCUGUAAUCUUGCAUACUUUAUUAUGCAUUUUUAAUUUUCUGUGUAGUGUCACAGAACUGUAUAUUCAAUUUAUUAUUGCAAGUUGGACAACAUGGAGUAUUAUAGGACGAAUGUAUUUGAAUUACACAGAUCAUUGUUGUGAAAUUAGUGACACUAUAUUUCUAAAUGUAGGACAAUUAUUUUCAAAGUGAAACAUGGAUGUCAUAAUUUUCCUGAUGGAUUGAGGACAAUUGAAUGGGCUAUAUUUGCCUACAAGUAAAAUAAUUGAACUGCUGUCAGAAAACAUUUGUAAAUUUGUUUGAAAGGACUCUCUGCAGGGUAGUUUCUAAAAGAGAGAGGAAGGCAGUUGCAAAAAUGAAACCAGGGCCUAGCUACAAAGCUUCUUAGACAAUGAGACACUCAAAUAAGUUUUUUGUGUCUAUAGACUGAAGUGAGUAGUGAAAAUUUGUACCAAGGCUGGGAAUCUAACCCGAAUCACCUGUUUACUAGGCAGGUGCAUUAGCCACUAAGCCAUCUUGACACAGCGGUUCACACAACUACAUGGAUUACCCCAGCAUUCCUCCCUCCCCGAUCCAGAUUCUCGUUGCCACCCCAGUCUACUUUAAAUUCCCUCUUACACACAAACAUAAUUACCUAGGGUCAUGUUGUGGAGUAGCAUCUCAUCAUCAAAUGUAAAUGGGGCCUCCAGUCUGACACCCAGUGGCAGUUACUUAUACAAAUUCUGCUUCAGUCUAUAUACAUAAAAUCAUAUCUGUAUGAGACCAUUAAAGUUGCUGAAAUUGUGUCAUUUCACUCAGAUAAGUUUCUACUUGUCUUAUAACUGACAGCAUUAUGUCCAUAAAUUCAAGACUCUGUACCCCCACCCGUCUCCCUCUCUCUCACUUUCCAUAAACCUUCCACAUCAUGUUUAGUUUCAGUUAGCCAGACCACUGUUCCCCUUUACCUGUAACUGCUACAGCACAAAUUUUCAUAAGUUUAUGUGUGUGCAUGUGCAUGCAUACACAUGUUCAUGUUCACACAUUUCCUAUUGAAAUGCUGAAGAAAGGAAAUUGAUUAUGGAGAAUAAUAUACUGACCACUGAACCUGCCCUCUACCUGUUCCCUCCCUUGCCACAAACUUUGUAAAUUACUGUGUUUCACUGUUCUUAGUGUAAGUAGUAACCUGUGAGCCUUUCAUAGUUGCUGUCAACUACAACACCGCAAAACAAACAGCAGCUCUGUGUCUGAAAUGUUAUAUUUCAACAUAAUGUAUAUUCCACUGUAUUGAAUGUUUGUGACAAAUACUGUAAUGUAACCUGUAUGAAUCUAAAGUCAUUUCUACCACACACAGUCAGGUAAUUGUUAGAGAAGAAAAUAGCAUUGUGCAUAAAGUGUUCAUUUUAUGCUGUAGUGGAUGCAUACAAAGUUAUGAAAAUGAAUUGUGUAAUAUAACUACUUAAACUGACUAUUAAUGUCAUAUAUGAGCUUUGCAUGGAAAAAUAUUUUGUGAUUCUGUAAUAUAAAUAAUAUAGUAAGGUACAGUGGCACUCUCUGAUUGCUUCAGAGCACAAGGUCCAACAUGUCUACAUUGUGGCAUAAGGCUGCCUUAUUUUUACGAACCUAGUAUCUAUCCCACCACCUCAUACCUUCACCUACCCACUUCUAGUUGUGCAAAUUAGGUUCACAUAAACAAGAAAAGAUUAGAUAAAUAUCACAAAAGUCAUCAUAUUUGUCUCCUAUUAUUUUAGAUGGGAAAUAAAUAUUUUUGUAAUGUGUGCAUUAAAGCGUAAUGUCAAAGUCAAGGUAUAUAAAAUUUUCUAACAGUCAUCGUAACACCACAUUGGAGCAGUUACAGAAGAGAUUUAUGUGAAUGAAUUAUGGAGUGUUUCUGAAAUUAGUUUGUUUACUGGAGUGCUUAUGAGACUGCAUUAUGUAAUGCAUAUGUUACAACAUUUACAGCAAAGAGAGAUUUACAAAUGACUCCAAAAGCGUGCUGGUUUGUCCUACUAGGACUGUACCAUGAAAAAUUUGUGAAUUUAUUAAUACAACAUUUGCAUGUAUUUUUUAUCUGUACCAAUCAGAAGUAUUAUGCCUUCUGCACCAGCUCUUGUUGACAAAUGGGCUGAAAAAAUAUGUAUCUGGCCUAAUGACGGAAGUUCUUUUUUUUUUCUUUAGCAAGAUUUUGUCCCACUACAUUUGUUUUUGGGAAACAGAAAAUACACACACUGUGCUUGUAACUUGGUGUCCCUUGUAUUUUUAUGGACCACAUAUAUCACUGCCAUGUUAGGCACUUAUUAAAUAUGUAUGUAUAUAUAUGUAUUUUUUUAGAAAUUUUUUUAUAUUCAGUUUGUUUGUUUUAUUGUUGUGUUCUAAACAACACAUUUUUAAGAAAGAUUGAAGUCCACAUAUUCCAUGGCAUUUUACAAACUUACUGCAUGUACUUACUAAAGAGUUUUUGGAUGAGAAGAGCUUUCUAUUGUGAUGUGAUGACUUAAUCCAUUGGCCAUCCUGGACCAAGAGUCAAUGAAUGUCAAGCAACAGAACACAGCAACUGUAUAUAUCUAGGCAAUUCUGUCAUAGCUUAUAAGGUGGAAAAUCUCAUUGACCUAGUUUUUAUUAUUUUUUAAAUGCUACAACCAUCAUAUUGUAACCAAGGUCUCAAAAUGAUUGUGCCCCCCCCCCCUCUCUCUCUCUUCUCUCUCUCUCUCUCUCUCUCUCUCUCUCUCUCUCUCGUGUGUGUGUGUGUGUGUGUGUGUGUGUGUGUGUGUGUGUGUGCGUGUGUGUGUGUGCGUGUGUGCGUGUGUGCGCGUGCGCGCGCGCGCGUGUGUGUGUGUGUGUGUGUGUGUGUGUGUGUGUGUGUGUGUGUGUGUGUGUGUGUGUGUGUGUGUGUGUGCGCGUGCGCGUGCGUGUGCGUGCAUGUUAGCUAUAGUGUGGUUUUUCUUAAUUUCCUAGUGUAUAUGUUAAGCUUUCUAAAAUUUGCGUUUAAUGUUCUAAAUACUGAUGUUUAAGUAACUGCAUAAGUGGAGGUGUAAACAAAAAAUUAAUUCCAAGUAUCAGUUUGUAGUACCAGAUUAAAUGCAUUGCAUUGUAUAGAUGACAACAGCUUCUUUUGGCCAAUCACAGCACAGUGAGUUUGAUUAAAAGUAUUGUUUUCUGUGUUUUUUGGUAUUUUCACAAAACACUUUCUGGUAACCUUUUUUAACAUUUAGUAGUAAUUGUUUUAUCAGGAAUAAAUCACAAAAUCAGCACAAAGCUCUGUGUGCCAAACUGUCCAUUUUUUUCUUUUUUUUUUAGCUGUGGCCGUAUAUGAUGGCUCACAGUAUCAGUAUAAAAGUUUUUUGUGUGUUAUUCCACAUUUUUACAUCUUCUGAAGCUCUAUUGUUAAGGAACUUGUUCUCUCGAAAUUCUCUCUAUCUUGAGUGGCUUUUGCUUAGGUGUUCCCCUCCCCACACUGCUUACACUCGUUACUAUCUUUGAUGUUUAGAGCAUUGUAUCACCUUAUUGACAUACAACUAGAUAAGAAGACAGAAAAUUUUGUCGUGUAUUUUUAGCUGUGUACAGAUUACAUGCUGCUCUGUGUGCUUACUGUUAAAUCUGUACUGUAAUUACUGGAUGACCUAAUAAUGAUUAAUUAUUGAUAUUACUCACUGUUAAAAUACUGAAGUUUUUCUGUUGUUGAUGGUGAUGUUAUUUGCUUUGUGUAAACAUUAAACAGGAAUGUUGAAUAAAUAUAAGUACACUGUAAA